UUUCCCUUUGUAUUAACUUCUCGGUUCAGUUUACGAUGGGACACGACAGGAUCGGUAGCUAGGAGCUUUUUUAACGGUUACUUAGCUAUUCUUAAUUCCGGACUUUCUCCUGCUCAACCUGUCACGCUAAAUGCUUGCUCUCUUCAAGUAGAACAUGUUUCAGUAGUGUGGAUUAUGACGGCGAUCUGGCUUAGAAUGCCCAAAACGUUUCAACAUGAUCGAUAGCUUCGUUUUUUCGCUUUCAACGACUCCUUCAAGUGACAAAAGUGCUGGAAAUUAGUGACAGUUAGUGUGGGUGCUCAAUAUGAACAAUGAAAUAGAUGCAGGAGUGAAAAAUUACUCUGUGGACACGAUUCAUGUGACGGCGCCCAGCAUUCUGAACAAACCGUCACAAACAAUGCCUCAGAGAUCUCCAUUUGCCAUCCAGGAGUUGUUGGGCUUGGGAGAUUCUCAACAUCACCGGUCGCCUACUGCAGCAGUAUCGGCCAUCACUCCAAAUGUAUAUUCACAUCAAAAGUAUCAACUGCAAGCUCCAACAGGCUUCCAUCCAUCUGAGCAUGGAUUCAGCCACCACCACAUGACGAUGGCCGCCAGCCGCAUGGCGUAUUUUAACGCACAGGCGGCGGUAGCGGCGGCAUUUUUACCGCACGGCAUUGCAGCGGCAGCCCAAAUGAAUGCCGCUGCUGGCGGCGGCCACGGAUCAGCCGCUGCAGUGCUGGGAUUGGCUGCCGGUCACCAAACUCCAGGUUCUGGUCUAGCCCAGUUUAAAAACUCAUUUAGUUCCUCAGGUCCUGGUUCCUGUUUAUCGGGCCAACUAGAUAAUUCCAAAGAUUUCUCAGUGCAAGAUGGUUUAGGUAACUUUAGUAAAAAGAAGAAAAAGAAGCGGCGUCAUAGGACGAUUUUCACCAGCUAUCAGCUGGAGGAACUGGAGAAGGCGUUCAAAGAUGCCCACUAUCCAGAUGUCUAUGCCAGGGAGAUGCUGAGCCUCAAGACCGACCUACCCGAAGAUAGAAUACAAGUCUGGUUCCAAAAUCGUCGGGCAAAAUGGCGCAAAACGGAAAAGUGUUGGGGCCGAAGUACCAUAAUGGCAGAGUAUGGACUUUAUGGGGCGAUGGUGAGGCACAGCCUGCCGCUACCCGAAACCAUCUUAAAAAGUGCAAAGGAAAACGAAUGUGUAGCCCCAUGGUUGCUAGGUAUGCAUCGCAAAUCAAUCGAGGCGGCCGAACAGCUCAAGGACUCAGAAACGACCAGCGAUCAUGAAGAUACCACUUCGAUGCGUACGGAUACCAGCGAUACCUCCAGCCAAAAUAAUCAGUCGAAUUCCUCAUCCCACACCCCCAAUCCCAACCCGAUGAUCGACAGCAAAGAACAGCUGAGUAUCGCAGGGGUGGCCGCUUCACAGCCACCCCAACCUGUUCCCAACCCGUAUCCAGAUGAUCCAGAAGUGUUCCGGAACAAUUCGAUUGCAUGUUUGCGGGCGAAAGCUCAGGAACAUAGCGCGAAACUGAUGAACCACAAUUUGAUGGUUCAUUCGGGUGGGGGUCGGUCGGGUUCGGGGGGUUGUGAUGCAAACCAGAACACUUUGCACCAUCCUGAUGGUGGUGGGGCUGAGCAGGGUAUUUUUUGACAUAAUGAAGGGUAGUGGAGGUUUUUUCAACUUUAAUAUCCAGGAAUGUUUUGAGCUCGGCAUGUUUGGGAUUAAUUUAUUUUUGAUGAAAAAUCAAUCAAAUUUUCUGCCCGCAAAGUCUUUGUAUAUAGUAUAAUCUAUAAUAAUAUACAUAGUCUGCGUGGUCAUUUUGGCAUAAAACUAGAACUUCGCCUAUGAAAAUGUUCUUUUAUGUGCAAUUUCUGCGCAGUGUCUUGGUGCGAAAUACUUUUUGUUAUUAGUACUUAUAUGAAUCUGUUUACUGAAAUAAACGUCCUGUGUGGUUUGUGAGAGUCUUUGCGCUUUGAAAGUGCGUCAAAUUAUCAUUUUCGCCUGCAAAAGAUUAAUGUUUUUAACUCAUCAAACCUUUUUGGGAGCAAACCCAGCGCUUUUUUUUGCACGCACUUCAGACGCAAAUAUUUUUUUGGCCUUUGUAGGCACGAGCGAUCAUUUUAUUAUGCUUUACAUAUGCAAUUAAAACAAGAUGAGCAAUAUUUUGCACAAAUGCCUGUACAAUUUCCAAUGCAGAUGAUCCAAAAACAUUUUUACAUCUUACAUUUUAAAAUUGCCCAUACUUUCUCUGGUGAAAAAUCCAAUAUUCCCAUUGAAUUAUAAUAAACUUUGCUACAUUUGCCCGUGCAAAUAUUUAAAAUUAUUCGAAGAAAAACUCAUUUACUUGCGAUUUCGUAUGCAAAACUGGCAAACGUUUCCACAAAAUUAAAGCAAAGUGUUUUUUCCGGCAAAAUGCAUGGCCAGCAUCCACUUUAUAAUUUUACUCGGAAAACAGAUCUAAAUUCAGAUGUGAUCAAUCGUGCGAUUGGCAAAGGAAACAAGUUUAUUUGAGCAAUGUAGGUAGCAAAGGCAGUUGACGAUACGAAGAUUUUGCCCAAAAUUGAAUAGUUUUUAGAAAAUUUUUUCGUCAUUGUUCAUUCGUGAAAAAAUCUAAAUCUAAUCUAAUCUAAAAAUUAUUAUUAGAAUUCGAUUUUAUAACGCGAUUUCGUAAAGUCAAAACUUCAGUUAUUGAUUUAAAUUACUGAUGUUUUGUCGUAUUUAUUUAGCCAUCUUAAGGGCAAUUUUUGUUUGAUUUUCGACUAAUGACUAAAACAGUUCAACAUCAAAUUUAGCCGAAUGUGUCUAAAUCAAUUUGGUAAAAAGACAGCAAUAAAAGAAACAUUAUAUUCAAAAUGUCUCUGUUCUAUACAAAAAAGGUAAAAAAUCAAAUUUCUAAGCGAAAUUGCUGCAUCAACGUAGCUGGAAAUCGGAUUUCUUUUCAAAAAAUGAACUGGCAGGUUUUCAUUUUUUGUGAAUUUGCAUGUACAUUUAAAUACAUUGUUAUAAAAUUCUGUGUAAAUAUUAGUGUAAACUUUGUUGCGUAUAUAAAUCAAUCUCAAAUAAAAACAAUGUUCAGUCGAUUUCUUAAAAAAAUGGCCUUCUGUUUAAGGUUUAGAAACAUAAUCAUUUUCAAAAUUUUUCGAAAGUGCCUUUAGCCAGAAAUAAGUUCGGAUCUAUAAAUAAACAUGCAUAAUGAGCAAAAUGAAAAUAAAUUUCCGACUGAGAGGGAGAAAACUAAAAAAAAAAACUUGAAUGAAUAACUUCAAAUAUAUAAUAAAUAAUAAAUGAAUUGCUGUAAACUACCAUAAUGAAAUAAGGAAAAUGAAAAUAUAUUUGCAACUGAAAAAACAUUCCUCACCUGAAAAAACCUUUGAACAAAAAAAUGGCAACUUUUGCAGCACGGUUUCAAACUGGCUCACAAUGUUUAUGAAUAGCAAAAAAAAAAUUUGGUUAGAAUUUAGUCCGCUGAAAUACUAUUUUUGCAUUUAAUAUACAAAUGAAGAUUUUUUCGUGGCUUAAACGGGCCAGAAUUUUUGUAGUUAGAAGAAAUAACCUAAACUUUUUUAAAACAAGAAAUUUUUGAGCUAUUCAUAAACAGUGUGAGCCAGUUUGAAACUGUGCUGCAAAAGUUGGCCAUUUUUUUUGUAAUAAUUUAUAGAUUUAAAGGAUUUUCCAAUUGAGAGAUGUUUUUCUAGUGGCAAAUUUGUUUUUAUUUUCCUCAUUUAACUUGCUUGCUUGAAAGGUUGCUGUAAGUUUUGAAAUUAACUUUUUUAUUAUUAUCCAAGUUUAUUGUAGAUUCGAAUUUAUUUCUAGUUAAAAACAAAAGUUAAACAGAAGACUAUUUUCUAAAGAAAUCGACUGAAAUUUGUUUUAAUUUGAGAUUGAUUUAUAUCGGCAGCAAACAAUUUCGGGGUGCCCGAAAAUUCUCAAAAAAAUAUAAAUAAUGGGAUAAUUUUUCGUGGUUUAAACGCACUUUUGGAGUUGGAAAAAAUAACUUUUUCCUUUCCUAAGAAUGUUUCUAGCGCUGGAAAUUAUUGGUGCGUUUAAGUUGCGAAAAAUAAUACCAUCAUUUAAAUUUUGUUGUGAAUUUUCGGGUACUCCAAAAUUGUUUGUUGCCGAUAUAAAUCAAUCUCAAAUUAAAAUAAUGGUCAGUCGAUUUACUUAAAAAAUGGCCUUCUCUUUAAGGAUUAUAAACUUCCCUAGAAAAUACGAAUAAUGGGAUCAUUUUUCGUGGCAUAAAUGGACCAAUAACUUUUGGAGUUAGAAAAAAUAACUUUCUAAAAAUUUUCCUAACUCCGAAAAUUAUUGGUGCUUUUAAGUCACUAAAAAGUAUCCCUUUAUUUGCAUUUAAUAGUUUCAUGCAAUGAUGAUUGAAAAAAAAAUUGCUUACAGUAGACACUGUGUUCAAAUUGAGAAUAUAAAUUAAUAAAAAAGAGCAAUUUAUGUCUACUUCACACCCUAACACGCCUCUGCUCGCUCCUGGAUAGGAAAGCUGGUAAUUCUUUGGUGUUCCUUAAUUGUUUUAGAAUUAUUUCCUAAAAGAAUGAGCGGUUUUAUGAAUUCGGCAAAUAUAGUUUAUUCUAUAAGGAUAUUGUACGUAUUGUAAAUGUUGUCAAUCCCCUUAAAUUAUCCUAAAAAUUUCCCCGAUAAAGUGCAACGAAUCUGUGAAGCACUUUUAUAUAUAGUAAUUUAUUUAUGCACAGUUAAAAUUCUAAGUUUUAGUCCCAUAGAUUUGUUAAUUAAAUGUUAGGAAAAGAAUCAAAGUUUAUGAAAACAGUUACGUAUUAUUUUGCAAUAUACUGGAUGGCAAAUAAUAAAGUUACGCAGGAGUUUUUAAAACGAAAACCAAUUUUAGUCUCUGCAAAAAGAAGCAAUUGGUAAAUAUAGUUUGUAUUAUUUUAAUUGCUGAUUAAUAUAGUAGAAUUAAAUGUUGUCACAUAAACCUGGAACAAAGAGGUUUUUAUUUUUUGCCUCAAAAACGUAGUAAGAUAGAAAUAAGCACCAAAGGAUGACAAAAAAGUUUUAUCGAAAGGUGAUUAUUCCGACAAAAUAGAAAAAUUUUUAAAAUAACUAAACGGCGUAGGUACAUUUUUUUGCCAAAAGUAUUGGACAAGUUGUCUUCCUGCACGCCACUGGGGUUAACAUUUUUAGUCUAUUUAGGGCAAUUAUGAUAAUGAAGGUAUUUAAAAAAAAACGUUUUUUUAUUUACUUCAAUGUCAUGUAUAUUGAGUAUUCACUUCAAAAAAUUUGGCCACGUAAUUAGAUAACGCUGUAGAAAUAUUCGCUUAAUAGUCGGCAAAAAGGUGAAAAUAUCUUAAAUUUCAUGUCUCAAAUAGCAUCAAAAUAAAAUAUAAAUUGGAAUUUGUGAUUCAAAUAUGAUAACAACUUGCCUUCAACAGCAAUUGUUUGACAAAAAACUUUAUGUAAAUAUGCAUCGGGUUUGUAUAUAAAACUUUAUUGUAUACAACUGUUUUUUCCAGAAAUUUUUCUUGGGUUUUAAAAUAAACAGUCGACAUUCUUUUCAAAUUUACUUGCUGAAAAUAAAAACAUGACUUGAACAUGAAACGUUUAGCUCACAUACAAUCAGAAAGUAUGUUGAUUUAUUUUAAUGUAGUUGAACUACAAAUACAAAGCGCACUUUCAAUUAAAACAAUAACCGGAAAAUACUUACUUCAGUUGCCAAUUACUUCCACAUGAGGAAUUUGAGAGGAAAAUUAGAAAUACAAUGUUUCCCUGAAAAACUGCCUUUAGUAUAACGAAUAGGUAACAACAGCGAAAUGAAUAUAAAGGAGUAUCAAGGAGAAACUUCAUUCUCAGAAAAAGAGGGGACUGUUUAAGCAAAUACAUGAAAACAGACUUGAAAAAUCUAAAACAGUUUUAAAUAAACAACAAUUUAGCAGAAUCUGGUUCUGUUUUUCCUUACAUUGAAAACAUUUUCUUGUACUGAACAUGUACGUGUCAAGCAAACUCUUAUUCCUGGUUCAAACGCCAUUAAAGAAACGCGACUGACCUCAAACACGUUUAGUUAGGCAAAUAACUCAUGCAAUAACAGUUAAUUAAACAUUUCAGUUAGUUAUCAGGCGAACUUCUUGUAAAUGAGUAAAUUUAUUUUAGCUUGCUCGCUUGCUAAUACUGUUGACUAGGAAUAAAUCAGACUUCUUCGCAUUGAUAAAGCUUUCGAAAUUUCCCUCAGGCAGAUGAAGCAGCUGGGCAACAAACCAUUAUUAUAAGCCCUCUAUUUUUAGAAUGAGUUUUUAUACCUGCAUAUUAAGCUGGGACGGAGCUAGGGUGAGAGCGGCCAUUUGUCUUGUCAGCCAACUUUACCAGUUAAAUCUCAAAUUAUCGCCACUUGAAAAUAACGUAAAUGUACCAAUAAAGCAAUUUUUUAAUUAGUUUAUUGCAGAGUUUUGUAACAAAUUAUUUUGCGCAAUCAGGGUUACGUAAAUAAUGUUAUGAUCCAGAAAAGCUACUUAGGGCUUUGAUUCUUUUCCUUCAAGGGUAGCUAAUCGCUUACAAAAGCUGGUGUUUCGAGGUCACUUUGAAACUGUAUUAAGCUCGUGACGAACGCAAGAGAUUAUUUUGGUCAAUGUUUGUAAAUGGCCCCAAAACUUUAUCGCAGCCAAGUUUAAUGAUCUCCAGCCUUCAUUGUACGUCUAGGAAUUAUGAUGGUUUUUCUCCAACCUUAAGCCUGAUAUUAUCAACUAUAGUUGACCAAAAGAAUAACUUGCUUAAAGGAAACAGGAUAUUGCCAGUACGCACCUACAGCUUGUGAAUUUGACCUUUGUUUGUCAUUGUGAUUAAAAUAGCACUCAAUGCCA